AUGGCAGACAGCAAGGAAGCCGGAAAAACAGAUCAAAUCUUUACAUCGGCGGAUCGGAUACGCCAAUUGAACGAAGUGGACAAGGACGUGGCAAGACUAAUCCACUCCGCUGGCCUCGCGAUACAAGCCCUCACCAACGCCAGAUCAAGCGACUCCGCAGGAGAUAACUCCCUCGAUUCCCACAAAGUUCGGUUUAAAGAAGCUACGUCGCAGUACUUUGCUCUCCUAUCGUCUAUCGACGUGCGAUUGCGCCGUCAGGUCUACGCCUUAGAAGAGGCUUCCAUACUUGCUCCGGAUUCGUCCUCCAGGACAGGCGAUCUACCUGGCGCAAGCGGGGGAACUGCGGCAGCGGCGAACCCGUUGGAUGUCAGUUGGCUUAACAGCCGAAAGGAUACUGUAGGCAAGGAUAAGGAGGCGGAGCUUUGGGCGGCUGCAAGAGGAUUUGUCGAGCAGAUUAGCAAUCCUGGGGUGAAGGCUGAGAAUAAUCGUGAGGGAAUGGAAGUUGACUGA